AUGGCCCUCGAAGCGCCGCUACGAUCAUCCGCUGGGAGCCUACAGUUCAAAUUCAGCCACCACGACGACAUGUCUGCGACGUCCGAAUCCGAUGGAGUCAGAUCUCCAUACAGAAUCAUGUCUUCUCCCCCGCCUGCCACUGACUCUUCUUCUCUUCGGCCUGACUCUAUUCACCAUCGCUUAUCGUCCCAAUCGAUGCACGUAUUGAGCCCCAGUGACAUUGUCGGACCAUCUCCUGUAACGUCCAACGGCACUGAGACUACAGAGAUUGAAGAUGACAUUGCCGACGACGUCGAGCUAGAUCAUGUAGCAAGGGAAAAUCACUAUCGUCAGCAUUCAGAUGUGUUUAUGCUUACAACCAAUCUGCCGGAUAUUGUUCGCCAAGGCAAUCCCGAAGAAGCUGUCUCGGUUAUCCAUGCUCCGGAAAGCUUUGCUAGUUGGGCAUCCAGCGAGCCUUCCGCCAAGUCAGUUACCUCGACUGAAAGAUCAUCACCUAAAGGAGAUGGCGCCAGCCAACCUUCGUCUACCUUCAAUAGCCCGCCCAGCCAUCCUACUCGGCCCCCUAUCUCCACCGAUGUCAAGCCAGUGCGAUAUAGUCUAGAUAGCGCCACUCCAAGGGCACAAGACUUGCAAGAUAUGCUUGUCGAUGGUAGCCGGCUGCGCUCUAGCAGCACCAGCAGCCUUGAAAAAAUCGAUGAACAGACCGAGGCCGAGGGCGAUGAUGACGAUGAAGAGCCCUUUCCCCAUGUACCCCAGGUAGCUGAUGAGAUUGGCGACCUGCGAACUCUCCUUCACGAGUCUUGGACUUUGUGCAAUACUCUAGCCAAUCUAAGUUCAAUGCAUAGACCGAGAGCUUUCAGAGAUUCGGGAACUCCUGAUGCCGUCGAAAGAGCGUGGAGAGCGUGUUGGAAGCUCUGCCAUAAGCUCUACGACAACCAGGAUGAGGAUCCGGCAUAUCUAAGCGUCAAGUUCAAUCUAGACCUGUGCCGUGACUUUUGCCAGGCUCUGUUCGACGUUCGUGAGAAAAAGGACGAGCUGGCAGACUCCGUCCUAAGGGUUAGCUUUGAAUUGAAUAACCAUUUAUAUAGCGCUCAAGACAAUCGAAACCUACCAGAGGAAUUCAGAGAACGCACUCUCGAUUUCUACAUCACACUAUGCCAUCGUCUAAUGAAGCAGCGAGUUGACCUUGUUGGCAAAACUGAUCAACUCCUCGGGGCUUGCUGGACGCUUGCAGAAAUGCUGUUCAGUCUGCGUCAGAAUAGACUGGAGGGUAAGCCUCCAGACAGCGAACUACUCCUUUCUACGGUUCAAGCAUGCUGGGGCUUGGGCGACCUAUUCAAAGACAGCUGGACAAAGGUGUCCACGGAUAGAAACACCCCUCGGCCCUCUCAUGCAAGCUUCUUCUCCCAGCCCUCGGACCAAACUGGACGUGAAAGUCGUCAGUCAAAUCGCUCGUCACGUCACUCAAAGCAAGUAAGCAUCAAGAGCGUCCAUCAAGAAGAGCGGCCGCGGAAGCCCCCGCCAGUCCCCGAAACUCCAGUCACAGAAUUCGAGGACACUCCGAUCUCUCCAGAAAGUCGCUCCCCACAAAUGCCCAAUCUCCUAGUACUUGGCCCUUCCAGUGAUAAUGGUCGAGGUGGAAGGUGGUCCAGCAGUGCUUCCAAUCUGUCAAGCUUCUCCCACAGCAGCAAUAGGACUUCAAGCACCGCGACCACGACCAAUGCAGCUGAAGAUCCCAACGUUACACGGGCCAAGAUUCUGGUUCUCCGAGCCGCGAUGAAUCUUGGAUUCGACCGUGAAACCAUUGCUGAUCCAAAGACAGCACCUGCACUGUUGCAAAACUUUGUACAAGCCCUACCAGCAGACUCUUUUGGCCCUCUUCCAAGAGAUACUUCCCUCUUUAAGCAGUUCAAAAACGCCGUCCUCAUGGACGCAUUUAUUCCUCGCAACCAUUCAAUGCCCUCACGGGGCAAGCGCGUCUCAGCCGUGGAUAUGGCUAAGAGCGUCUCGACUUUGGCCAAUAACUCGCCUCGCUAUGCCUACUUGAGGGAUCUGUUUAGAUUUGUCUUCAACUUCUCUCUUGAGGAAGUUGAAGCUCGACGACACACCAGCAUUGCGAUUUAA